AUGAGCCACAGUAAUCCAGCAUAUGAAAGAGGACAAGACUUAUCGAUCUCGGUUAAGUCUUCCCGCCAUGCCUCCAGUCAAUCUAGACUCCAGUUCGAUGAUCCAGAAUUGUUCGAUGGACCAAUGUUAAUUGAAAACGAAAGCAGAGUUAACGAAGCGGCGGCAGCUCAACCUAUCAAAGGAAACAUGAUCGUUGCCUAUGAAAAUGUGAUUAUCUUACGUCAGGACACACCAAGGGAUAGUGUUGCAAACGCAGAGGCAUUCUACGAAAAUCCAGGUACCCACACCCCUCAUUAUCACGUUCUUGAGAAUCCUCGGGACGCUUCGUGUCGUUUGGGAUCUUACAUGGCUCAAGGAACACAUGAAGACUAUCAUCAUGAUUCUUUACAAGAGGAUGAAGCUCAAAACUCUUAUAACGAUACGUAUACAAACGACGACGAACCUAUCUAUGUAAAUCCCGCGAGUCCCGUGAGCACCGCGGGUAGUACGCGGGAUAUACCGGAUCCAAAUUAUUACCAAGAUGAGGAAUAUAAUGUAUCUUUUUUUGACGAUGCUGAAGAACGCAGCGAGAAUUGGGACAUUUAUGCUAAUUCAGAAGCAAUACGAAGUUCAUAUAUGGAAGACAACGCCAUCAAUAAUCCUGGAUAUAUACCUGAUGACGAAGACGAGCAUAAUAAUCCAAAUAUAUCGACUGACGAGCCCAUUUACGACAACCAGAUAGACAUUGAUGACGGGCACAAUACGUCAGGGGAUCCCCCGUAUGCACUCUUAAGGGACCAGCCCAAUGAAGGAGUGUAUGAAGAUCUAAGGGGGAAUAGAUCUGGGGUAACGACCUCUGACUAUCAGUCGCUCUCCCCUGAAACAACAAGAAAACAGCCCAAAACAAAGCGACCCAAAAUUAAACCAAAACCAGCUAGAAAACAAUGAAAUUAUUGGACUGUAAGUGAUUUUAAAAUUGAUGAUUUUGAAUUUGAUAUGUGAGCAUUAUUUUGACUGAGUUUUAGCCGUCCAUAUGCAGCCAGUAGCUAUUGGACGUGGCUAAUGACAUACAGAAAAUGUCUUGUUUCCUGACUUCUACUACAUUCCUAUUGAAUUUAUUUGAUGAAUAAAAGUUACGUAAUACCCGUU